GAAAAAUGCUCUGCGACAUUCGCCACGGCUUUCUGUCGAGGAGAACAGCUUAAACAUGACCUCACCACCUCUUUUCCUAAUGGAAUAGUUUCCUCAUGGUUUGAGUGACGAGAACGAAACAGCCCUGAUGGAAAUUUCAGACUUAUCUCACGUUUUUGGGGUUGCGAUUUUGAAGAAAUGUUCCUCCCUGUCUGCAGCUGAUGACCACUGGAAACCCGAUAUUUGCAUCAGGCUUUUUUCUUUUCUUUUACUUUUUUUCCUUCGCGCCAAAGGAGAAGCCGUGUUACACGCUGCCCACAGUGAAGAAGCUCCUGGAGCAGAAGAGAAAGCGGGAGACGUCUUCAGCUCCUCCGUCUUGUGCGAUCAAUAACACUGGUCCUGCUGCACCAAUCUCAGUGUCAACAUCAGAUCCCUCUGCCAGUGCAAACAGCAGCUACUCAGACAUGGCAGCGAUGAGAUAUGACCGCUGGGAUGUGCAGCCGCACUCCUCUGUUUUUCAGGACUGCAGCCCCAUUACCUCGAUGUGUCUCAAUUAUGUAGACUCUCCAGGUCCUCUCAGCUUCCCAUCUGCUCCGCUCUAUAAUCACUGCUUAACCCCUGCAGAGACGCAGUUUUCCACUUAUAAUCCCCUUACACUGCAGGACUGUACGAGUUCACAGAUUCCUCAGCACUUUCAGCCAUCCAGUACGGAGUGUCCCGUUAACCCGGCCAUGUCCAAUGCUGACCUCAGGAAUCAGGGUAUAAGUGCAGCAAGCUCUGGUUACUUGUGGUCCCCCGGUUCCAGAACUCCAGCAUCCAGUCUGUCAGUUAGACCGCAGAUGGACAUGGGUAAGCUAGAGGAAGCUCGGCGCUUCCUGCAGGCCAUGGACUACAGCAGAACCACAUGGAAGGACGAUGAUGGAGACACAAUUCUGCACAUAUACACCGCCAAGGGGUAUAGGGAAUACGCCUUUGCUGCAGCUGAGAAACUGCAAGAGCUUGGCACAUUGGACGCAAAGGAGCACAGGGGAAAGACUGCAUUGCUGGUAGCUGUGACGGCCAAUCAGGCAGACAUCGUGCAAGACCUGCUCUCUCUGGGCGCUGAUAUCAGCAUCUGUGACAUCAAAGGUCAAACCGCGCUGCACCUUGCUGCCACAUAUGGAUUUCCACAGGUCAUGAAGGUUGUCCUCUCGAUGGAGCACGGAGUGGACCUGGAGGCUCGCAAUUUUGAAGGUCUGACACCGUUGCACUGUGCAGUGAUCUCCCACAACACCACAAUGAAGGCUCUUGCUUCCAUCUCAUCCUCAUCCUCUGCCUGGCUACCUGACGGCAAUCUGCAGACUCAAGCUGAAAACAAACUCCUUUGCCUGCAGCUGCUCCUGGAAGCAGGCGCCUCCCCACUCAGCCAGGAAAUCAAAAGUAAUAAGACUGUACUCCACUUGGCUGUGAAGGAGGGAAAUAUCCAGUUGGUCAAUUUUUUCCUGAAGCUCCAGAUGCCCGACAUGCAGGCCUUUAUCAACAUGAAGGCACACGGACACACAGCCUUGCACAUGGCAGCAGGGUUACAUGGAAGCCCUUAUCAGGAGGAACUGAUCAGACUUCUGCUUAACAGAGGAGCUGAUCCGAGCAUCCGCAACCUGGAGAACGACCAGCCCGUUCAUCUGCUGCAAAGCGGAGAACAAGGAGAGAAGCUCAAGCUGAUCUUAAAGAAGAGAAAUGCCUCUAGGCGGCGUAUCACAUCCUUACAGGACCAAGAGUGACCAGGACUGCUUUUCAGUCUCAACAUGUCUCCCUUUACUUCUCAUAGGGACUUCUCAUUGGCCUGCAUUCACUCAAGGGAAAUUCCAGCAGAAAACAUAUUUAAUAAGCUGUAUUAAAAUAAUCUAUAAAUAUAUUUAAAAAAUUCAGAUAGAAAGAAUUUGGAAAUCUGCUAAAAAAAAAAAAAAGGUGCUGCCAAUUUCUGCCGUCUUUUCCUUGACUGAAUUCAGAUCUUGAUUUUAUCUACAGUAUCCUCUCAUGAGGGUUUUCUCAGUUCAAAUCUGUCUACUGAUCCAAAGUGUUUGAUUUCUAACACGAUCCAUGUCACUGGCAUUUCUUGUAAAAAAAAUAAUAAUAAUAUUGAAAAUGUGAUUUCUGUGAAAUCAUCUGUAGGGAUUUAAUUCGAAUUUCCCACCAUUUUAUGUAUCAACCAUAUUGGUUUGGAGUUUUCUCAGUACACUGCAUCAGUGUAAUGUUAGCUUGCUAAAGAAGAAAAAUACAAUCUAUUUAUUCUUUUUUUACUCAUGUGUUACACGUAUGUACGUAUUUUUAAAUGUGUACUUUUUUGCUCAUUUUUGCCUCAGGGAUAAGUUAUUGACAGUAGAUGCAGAAGCUCUCUGUGUGUUCUCUCUGUGACCUUUGUGGUUGACAUUGUGUGAGAGAGGGUGGGCGAGCUCGUCAGUUAUAGUUUGAACGCGAAUGUGUUUUGAUGAGUCAUGACAUAAACAUGUCAUGCUUUGUAGGUUGACCUCAGCAUCUUUAAGGUUCAAAUUAGCUGAAUUUACAUAACCUACAUGACUAUUUUAUCAUUUAUACAUGUUAAGUAACUGUGUUAUCUGUUGAAUUUGGAAAAGGAUCAGAAGCGACUCCAUAGCGACUCUAUUGCUGAACGAACAAGGUGGGGUGGAGGAAUGGCUAAGGGGAUUAUCUCUUGUGAAUCACUGGGUUUCUGGGACUUGAGACCUUGUAAUUCAAAUAAAGGGGGGGAAAAACAUUCUACUGUCACUUCUCAGCCAGACAGAAAGAAAUGAUUGUUAAUUUAUCAGAAUUGUUUGAGUGUUUCAUGUAAAUCAGAAUCCACAUAUUUGCUACUUGUUUAAUCCUUUUCCUUUUAAUAUCGAUUUAAUAAUCACAUAACAUCAACACUGCAGUUUAAAGAAACUUCCUGUUUGAAUGUAAUACACUGACCAAAUGAAUAGUUUCAAGCUUCAGCAAUGGCAUUAAAAAUUUGCUGUUACA